UUGUUUUCGGCUUGUCGUCGCUUUGGUCUUGGGUGGUCGCUUGAUUCCCAUGCGCCAUAACUUGUGAGCUGGAUGCGGUAUGGAGUUCGCCUUCCUCGCGAAUCUUUGCGGAGACUAUUAGAUUUUUUUUCUUUUUCUUUUUUGGUUUAUUUGCAGACAUGCAGAUUUGUUUUGGUGCAAAUUUCCGGCUGCAUUUGAGGAGGGAAGCCUUUUCGUGUUCUGCGUUCUCGACAAUGGCAGGGAGGGACAAGGAGGUGAACGGAGAGAAUAGAGUACCGCGCGUAUUGAUUUUUGCGGUAUCAUUUUCGGAAAUGGAUCCUGCAACGUUGUGAAUGUUUCUCCAAUAUCGUGAAGCAGAAACGGAAUCGGACUUAAGUGCGUGCGUCAUGACAAACGCUGACACCUCUACGCGCGGUGUGUGCUUGGUUGAUCACUUCUUCUGAGGAAGUGUAUGUGGUGAGAGACGAUUGUUCAUGCCGAAUGAAACCUUAUUCACUGAUUUCAAGUAUGCUUCUGGUGAACAAAGGGUAUUUCGUGUUCUACACGGAUAUCAGAAACAUGAUGGAUGUGUGAGCCAUUUAGCAUCAACGUCAGAGCGGGCCGUCAGAUUCCGUUAAGAUAGACUUGCACUUCACUUCACGUGUUACUGAUGGUAACUCUUAUUCUGUGGAUACUGAAUAAGAGCGAUUAGGAUCCAACCCUCUGUGUCUUCCUGCCUGUCUUCUGUAUCUGCAGAAAUUCAGAGUCAGGAUAUUCUGGAGUGAUUUCGAAAUUCGCAGAGGGCUAACUUAGUGAUAAAUCAAGUUCUGCACAGGCAUCCCACUUCAUACACUUUGAGAAUGCGUUUAGGAAAGUGCAUUUCAGGUUUCUCCUAUUAGAAGUGCGCUGAACUAUGGUGUGCUUGAGGGAUGCUGAGCAAAGAAGUUCCAGCUCAGCGACAUGCUUAAAAUGGGUAAUUUCAAUGUUGACAUAGUACUCCAGUUUUGAGAUUUCUGGUGGGAAUCCGAAAAUUUGUUGAGCGCUGGAACCCGAAUUAUUUGUGAAGCAGGCUUGUGGGAAUUGAGAUGUGGAGGACGUGAUUGUUCGUGACAACUUCGGGAAGAUACUAAAGUUAGAUACUAGAGUAAUUCCUUAAGAUUUGCUGCUCCUUCAGCCAAAGUGAGCAUGACAAUUAAGUGAAUAAACGUAAGUCUAAACUCUUCUCCCAUUACGUUUUCCUUGACAAUGAUAGUCCAAUACAGUAGCUAUUAAACGGGUGGAAUUUGUUUUUGAAACAAUGGAAAUCUUGGCUCCCUGCAUAUUCGAUAAGAAAAAUCGUAUUAGGUACCUAAACCCUAAAACCUGGUUCAUGUUGACCUUAUGUUGAUCACUAGUAGCAUCCAAUUAAUGCCUCCAUGCUUCUGUUUCGUAAAAUCUCCAUGUUAAACCAGAUAUAUAGUUUAUAUUAAGUCACUUAAUUUGGCAUUAAGGUAAUCUCAUCAGAAAAAUCUCUUCCUGGUUGGAAAUGUUAAAGUAAGACAGUAACUUAGACAUGUCAUAUCCUCGGCGUCCAGUUCUAGCUUACGAAUACAGGUCUUGUCUAAAUUAAUGGAAUCUAUACUCCUACAUGUAGAGGGCUGGCCUCAGUCCUCGUGAAAAGCGAAAAAAAUGAAUAACUUGUAAAUGUCCGGAAAUCUAUUGCAGUUCCAUUGAUUUCUUAUACCCUGCAUAAUCUGACCAUUUGGAACAUGGCAGAGUGCAAGGAUUCUCUAACGAAGUACAAUGUCAUUGAAGCGAUGUCUUGAAACUCAAGAUUGCCAACUGUUGAUUCUGGCUCCCAGACGGAAAGAGUUCGUUACCUCUCAUCAAACCCAGUCCAGGGUACUUUUGUGCUGGAAGGUGUGAAUGGUGGAGUAAAGAAUUGCCAUGGCUCUGGGAAUGUGAAGAUUUCAUGUGUUCUCACUCAGCACAAGAGAGUGAAUUCUGCAUCCGAGAUAUCCCUCAAAAGGAUCCGAGACGAUCAAAUACUGGAGAAGCAGUAUCGGGAUGAAUCUAUGCCUGAGCUUUUCAUGGAUGAGGCUGAAACGCAAACUUGGCAAAAUCAGUGAGCCGAUAAAUUAAAGAAGGUUCAGCUAUUGCACAAUUCAGGUGCAGGAACAAAAAGUGAACGGUGGUGUGGCGUUGCUGCUGAAAUUCAUAAGUCGACACCUUUGACAGCUGACGAUGCUCACACCCCAUCUUGUGCGAUGAGGAAUUCCCCUAUGGGCUCCCUGGAUCAAUGGAAUUACUAUCCAGGGCCUUCAGUUAAUAGUGAUGUUUCCAUGUCGCAACAUGAUGACAUGGUUUGCAAAGAUGACACUUGUGAUUCUGAUAACCGAAAUUGUUCAUUGAUUGGUAAGGCGAUCCCGAAUGGAGAAAGCGAAAAGGGUGUUGCGAAAUUGGAAAAAAUGGAUUCUUCUUUGGAGGCAUCGCAGCGAAAUGCUACUGCCGAUAAUGUGAUUGCGGUGCAACAGGGAAGAGCUUCUACGGGUCAUAUUUCUGCAAGCUGCAGACAACAAGUCGUGCACAAAACGUCAAAUGGUGGGGAUGGUUCGUCCGCACUAUCUAUGGACCAAUUGAACAAUUCACAGCUUCCAAAGACCUACCCUGCACUAGGAGGACGACUUCAAAGAACACGGUCGUAUAGGUGUGGUCGCUUGUGUGACCAGAAACCCAUAGAGCUACACAGGUCUUACAACAACUCCGGAGCAUGUCAAAAUGCUGCAGCACCAAAUCCAAUGCUGAAGAAGGCCAUCUCGAUGCGAGAGGGUGGUGCGCACGCAGAUGCUGUGAUUGAGAUGGCACGCGCUUACACAGACAGAGUGUGUGGAAGUCCUGAAACGCUGGACUGUGCAUCAUGUAGUAGAAAUUUAGGGACAAUUGUGCAGGGCAAUCCUGGAGUUGACAUCGCGUUCUGUCAAGCCUGUCGACCAUCACCUUCACAAUGGAAGAAACCGGCAUUAAACAAUGAGGCAGGGUUCAAAAAAAAGAAGUCCGGGAUAAUUCCAUUUUGUAGGAAAAUUCUGCGCUUAGAUAAAAAGACAAGUUAAGCGAGAUUGUUCAUGAGGUUUAUCUGCCCCAGCACAGCAGAGUUUCUUUUCGCCUUCCAAGCUCUGGAAUAUUUCAGCUUGUGUACAUUGUUAGAGUGCACAGGUGAACAGGGAUCCAACCGCCCUAAAAAUCCCUGAAUCCCCAUUGAUGUCGAUUUGCUUUCACUUCCAGUACCAUUAAGUUCAUGCAGAUACUCCGCUAUGGUGUGUUGGACUAGUGUUCAUAGGAAACGGAAUAAAGCGGUGGCCGCCGGGUACACGCAAGUGGAUUGUAUGCAAGUUCUUGUGGAUUGUACCAUACAGUAGCGUAAAAUAUUGAAUUUUAUUGAAGACGUACACCAUUUCACAAA